AUGUUGGCGCUUUCGUUUGUUGGUUUACUUCUGCUAGUAACUCUUAGUAUCGAUGUUAAUGCUUAUAAAUCCUAUUCACAACAUCAACUAUGGCGUCUAAAUGUUACAACUGAUGAACAAGUCAAAGGACUGACUGAUUUACGUCGCAAAGCAUAUGAAUCUAAUAUCAAUUUCUGGUCGGAAGAUAUUCGAAUCAAUAUUCCAGUCGAUGUUAGCAUAGGACCGAAGUCUAUUCGUGAUUUACAUGAAUAUUUAGUUUUGAAUAAAAUCGACUAUGAUGUGAUUAUGAAAGACAUUGGCUCCUUGAUUGACGGUCAAAAACUCCUUCAUCAACUCCGACCGUCUAAUCUCAUUGCAAAUGACUUUGCAUAUGAUAAAUACCAUCCACUAGAUGAAAUUCAUUCGUGGAUUGAUACUAUGGUUCAGACCUAUCCCUCAUUAGCAACAUCAUUUAUUACCUAUCCCUCAUUAGCAACAUCAUUUAUUGUUGGACAAUCUUAUGAAACUCGAACAAUAAAAGGUUUGAAAAUCUCAUCAAAUAAACGAGCCGUGAAACGUGAUGGCACUCCUAUCAAUAAGAAGAAAGCUAUAUGGUGGGAUGGAGGUAUUCAUUCACGAGAAUGGAUAAGUCCAGCAACGAAUAUCUAUAUUGCUUAUGCACUUCUGUCGAAUUAUGGCAAAGAUGCAACUAUCACUCAUUUUGUCGAUCAAUUUGAUUAUUAUAUUUUACCAGUUUUCAAUGUCGAUGGUUAUGUAUAUACAUGGACUAAAGAUCGAUUAUGGCGUAAAACUCGAAGUAAAACAUCGAAUCCUCGUUGUUUUGGUGCUGAUCCAAAUCGUAAUUGGGAUUAUCACUGGUGUGAAGCUGGAGCGUCACAUGAUCCAUGCGACGAUACUUACUGUGGCAGUAAAGCAUUUUCAGAGGUUGAAACAGCACAAGUUGCUCAAUUCAUCAGUGAUCAUGGUGAUACAAUUGUACACUACAUAAACUUUCAUUCUUACUCACAAUAUUGGAUGUCACCAUGGGGUUACACAACAACCAAGCCAGCACAAUUCAAAUUACAAGAUGAUGGAUCUGCUGUUGCAGUUCAAGCACUGGGUGCUGUGUUUGGUACAAAAUAUGUUCAUGGAAGCAUUGCUACAGUUAUUUAUGUUUCAUCGGGCAGUAGCGCCGACUGGACAUAUGGUAAAGUCAACAUAACAUUUAGCUAUGGCGUCGAACUUCGAGAUACUGGUAAAUAUGGAUUUUUGUUGCCAGAAGACCAAAUUAUUCCGACAGGCCAAGAAACAUUGGCUGGCGAAUUGGCUUUGUUGAGAUAUAUUGAAGAACAUGUUUAUGAAAACGAUUUCUAG